UAGAUAAUCAAAACACAAGGAGGCUGAAGGGGAGGUGCUGGGACUUUCGUUCUCAUCUUGCACUGGUCCCAAACAACAACAACCCUGGACUUUCAGGUGAACAGAAACGUUUACAGAUAUUUUUUCCUUCUGCAGGGACUCAGUGACAACAUUAAAUGUGUCGUCUGCUCCUGUGAGGCUAAGAUCAUUUAUUAAUGGGAAUAAUCCGGAACAUUGCAGCAAGUUUGGUUCUACUUCGGCAGAGUUCAAUUAGAAACAAUCAUAAGGUCAUCAUGUCCAGGCGACUUCAUGCACGCAGGACAGACGGGGUGGAUAAGAAUGUCUGGGUUGAGUUUACACAGCUCGCAGCAGAUUACAAAGCAGUGAACCUCGGCCAGGGAUUUCCCGACUUCUCCCCUCCACAGUUUGUCCAGGAGGCCUUCUGCAAGGCCAUCAGCGGAGGACCUCAAAUGCACCAGUACACCCGAGCUUUUGGUCACCCACCUCUUGUUAAAAGCUUGGCUAAAUUCUUUAGUAGGAUUGUGGGACAGGACAUCGACCCUCUCGAAGACAUCCUGGUGACAGUUGGAGCUUAUCAGGCCCUCUUCUGUGCUUUCCAGGGUCUGAUUGAUGAAGGGGAUGAGGUCAUCAUUAUCGAACCGUUCUUUGACUGCUACCAGCCCAUGGUGGUGAUGGCUGGAGGAAAGGCAGUUUAUGUUCCUCUGAGACCAAGAGAGGGCAGCGCCAUCCUGUCAAGUGGAGACUGGGUUCUUUCUGCUGACGAGCUGGCCAGUAAAGUUACUCCUCGCACUAAGGCCAUUGUUAUCAACACUCCCAACAACCCGUUAGGCAAGGUUUACAAGACAGAAGAGCUCCAAAUGAUUGCCGAUCUGUGUAUUAAGCACAAUCUGCUGUGCUUCAGUGACGAGGUGUAUGAAUGGCUCACCUAUGAUGGAGCCAAGCACAUAAAGAUAGCCAGCCUUCCUGGCAUGUGGGAAAGAACUGUAACUGUCGGCAGUGCCGGAAAGACAUUUAGUGCUACUGGCUGGAAGGUUGGCUGGGCCAUCGGCUCUGGAAAUAUCAUCAAAUACAUGAAAACCAUCCAUCAGAACUCGGUUUAUCACUGCGCAACAGCCGCUCAAGAGGCAGUCGCUCAUGGAUUUGAACGGGAAUAUCAGCUGUUUGGGACUCCGGAGAGCUACUUCCAGCAGCUUCCCGCGAUGCUGCACCACAAAAGAAAGAAGCUGGCCUUGUGUCUAGAGAGCGUGGGGCUGCAGCCCAUCAUGCCAGAGGGAGGCUACUUCAUGGUCACAGACAUCUCCUCAGUCACAGAGGUGGACCUGAAUGACCCGAACACAAAGGAUGAAUUGUAUGACUUCAGAUUUGUUAAAUGGCUCGUUAAAGAAAAGGGUUUAGCAACAAUCCCCGUCUCUGCGUUCUACAGUCCAGAGCACAGCAAGGAGUUUGACAAGUACAUCCGAUUCUGUUUUGUUAAGGAGGACUCCACGCUAGAUGCCGCAGAGGCCAUCUUGAGAAAGUGGAGUCAGAAAGAGUAAACUUACCACCGAUGUGAGGCUUUAUCCGUCCACCCAGAUUCUUUCAGUCUGCUUAAACUCAGGUGCUGACCUGAUCCAGUUAAAUAGAGUUGGGUAUUUAAGGUGCACAGACAGAGCAUCCACUUACACUUGAGCAAUCACUGAGGAACUAUUUCUCAGUAAAUAUUUUUAGGUUAACAAUGUACCUCUACAUCACAGUUGACCUCCCGGGAUAUUUGCCCUUAUUCAAAGAAAGGAAAUCACUGAAUAAAAGCAUCCAAUAAACUGGUAAAAUAAGUGCUCUGUGCUCAGUAACCUCAUCAACACUUAUGUUGAGCUUCUGCCAGAUAAAGGAAUUUGUUUAGAGAGAAUUUUUAUUUUGUAGUCAUUUCUAGAUGGAUGUGAAUAUCGCUGAAGCAAGCUUAAUGUAUUAGUCACAAAUAAUCAGUCUAAUUUAAUCAUCAGUGAUCAGUGACGAGUCAACAGAUUCCUGAUCACCUUUCGAUUGCUAAUAUUAAUUGUUCUCACAUCUCAUUUAAUACAUGAGCCAUUGGCUGAGGGAGACUGCCAAUCCCGGAUGAAUAAAAACAUCCACUUUCUGUCUCUGGCUGGAAUUAAACCAACAACUGUUGGUAAGGAUUUAUACAAUGAAAUAAAUUCACUAAUAGAAGGUCUCAUUUUUUGCAUUAAGAAUUGAGGCGUAUGAGUCUUGCACUAAAAAUGGGAAUUCUAAAGCUGUGAGUAGGUUUUUCUUUUGAUUGGAUGUAACUGCCAUCAUUUUAAAGGCUAUUAUUCAAUUUAAAUCAAAGGACUUUGGUGUGAAAGUCUGAUGAUAAUACUACUACUACUACUACUUCUACUACGACUAAUAAUAAUAUUAAUAAUGAUGUCAGGAGGAGUAGCACAUAGAGCAGUAUUAAUUAAAAAUAAUAAUGGUGGCAUACUGUGACACAGCUAUUAAUUUGUCAGUUCAUUAAAAAUGUAUUUCAAAGAUA